AUGGACCGGAAUAUAAACAACGCGUUUGAUAUACUGCCUCCGCCCCUCGAGAAAAUAAGCAGAGAACGUAGUAAAAACAUGCAGAAAAAUGAAAAAAAAAUAAAUAAAAAGGAAGAAAAAGAAGAAGUAAAUGAAGACGUAAAAGAGGGCUUAAAAGAAAAAGACGUGUUCAACUAUGGUAACGAGAACAAAGGGGGGAACGCCACCCCCGCAUACACAAAAAAUAUGAACCUAGGAAACGGUUUGACUGAUGGGAAAAAAAAUGAAAGCCAUCUCAUAUCACAAAAAUAUAGUAAUGUUAUUCUUAACACUGAAGAAAUUAAUAGUAUAAUGAACGAAAAUUCAAAUUUUAAAAAUCUCACUGAAAGUAAACAAGUUAUAAACUUUAUGAAUGAAUAUUUAACGAAUCCCUUGGCUGCUAUCAACAAAUACAAAAACGAUGAUACCAUUGUUAACUUCUUAGACACACUAUUUCAAUAUAUGAGUGCAAAAAGUAAGCACAUUCACUUGAAUAAUCUAGCUGAAACAUUUACUUUAAAAAAGCGGUAG